AUGGCACAGAAUGGAGGACUUCAGAAAGGCGCCAUGUUUAUGGCAGGGCUGACUCUGUUGCAGUCUCUCCGUGUGGCUUUAACUGGAGCAAAGUUUGCACUUGAUAGAUUUAAAAUUCCGCAGCAGUAUGCCAGUUCGUUCAUUAACAUGGUUCAUAAUCCUAUGGAGUUGGCAACGUUUACUGGCAUUUUUAUUAUAAAUGCUCUAACAUGGACGUCCUGCUUCAAGAAUUAUGUGAAGGCCUUUACUGCCAUUGUAACAAAUGUGACACUAUGUUGUUCCUUUGUUCUACUUCUCUAUGCAUUCACUUCUGGGGGAGAACAGGGAGAUCUUACCUCCUAUUACUGGACUAUUGUCUUCGUCUCAUUUGUUUAUGGGCUUAAUGUGGCAACCGUAAUGACUGUUGCAAGUGCAGAUGCUGCUCUUUUCAAUAUGGGAAUCCCUCUUUCUGGUAUCCAAGUUUCUAUCUAUUACUAUGUCUUCACUAAGCUUGCUGAGAGGUAUCAGUGGUCAAACGUUAGUUACUGGAUCAUUUUUUGGCAACUCAUAAUAGCAAUAGUGAUUGCGGCAGCCUCCGCUGCUCUCUGGAUAUAUGCUUAUGGUAAUGGUGCUAGUGGUGAUACUCCCCCUCAAGAACCAUUUGGUGAGGGUCUUGGCAAAGCUUGGUCUCCAAUUCUUAUGGGUGUGGUAGGUAUGGGUGGUAUAUAUGCCUUUUAUCCAGCUAUUGCUCCUUACAAGUUGACAGAUGUUGGUACUGGUUACAAGAUUGAUCUCGUUGUUUUAUUCAUGAGUGCUGUUCCUGGCAUUGCUAUUGCCAUAGCAACUUUAUACCUAGAGCAGGAUGGUCCACAUAAACCAUGGGAUGGAGGUAAUUGGGGAUGGCAUGGUACUUGGUUCUUUGCAAUUCCACAUAUUCUUGCCAUGUUAUUGUGCUUUUUUACACUUCACUACCCUGAUAGUGGAGUAGCGAGUUCUAUAAAGAGUAGUGGUUUAAGGGUUGGAGUCAUUACUGUGACCUUAAAGUUUUGUGAAGAAUCGCUAAAAGCAGUAUCUUAUGCCGGAGCUAGCAAACAAGUAGGUAAAUACUGCACAAAAAACUGCCAAACCGGAACUUGCCAAUGCAACUGCAGUGGAGGAGGAGCCUGUAAACCCAACCUAUGUACAUCUACUAACUGCCAAUGCUGUAAAGACAAUGAUGGUGGUGCUAUAUCCUCUUUUAACACAUUUACUUCACAAUUCUUAAUGAUCGUUUUGGCCUUUACUGGAGAUGGUUACCUGAAGACCUAUUCCAAAUAUGAACAUGAUCGGAGUAAGUGGCCUACUAGAGACUGUGGGUUCUUUAAGUCCUUAGGAUACUGGACAUGGAAUGGAAUGAAGGUGGCCUGCAAGAGUGUUAAGUCCUCUUUUACCAAGAAUGUUAGAUGUAAAGUUUUAGGUAAAUCAGAGGCUUUGCUCAUUGUAUAUGCAGACGAGGAAUUUUAG